CCCCUUCCAUGACGUCAAUCGAGUGGCCGAGACAGGCCGAGGCACAGAAGCUGAGGUCUUUCAUUCUUUGUAAAGAUGUCUGACGGGAAGUUGUACGAUGUAUUAGGUGUUUCAAGAAACGCCACUGAAUAUGAGAUCAAGAAGGCAUACAGAAGAUUGGCGAAAGAGUACCAUCCGGACAAGAAUCCACAGGAAGGAGAAAAGUUCAAGGAGAUCUCCUUCGCCUACGAAGUUCUGACGGACCCAAAGAAGCGAGAAAUUUACAACACCUAUGGUAUCAAUGGACUCAAGGAGGGCGUCCACGAAAGUCCUUUUGCAUCAGAGGACAUCUUCUCGCACAUCUUUGGUGGGAGCCCUUUUGGAGGCAUGUUUGGCAUGGAUGGGUCAGCUCGGAGGCGGCGCCAACGGGGUGAAGACACAAUCCACCCUCUGAAGGUGUCUCUAGAAGAUUUUUACAAUGGCAAAACCGUGAAACUGCAAAUAGACCACACUGUUAUUUGCAAGACCUGUGAUGGGGUAGGAGGCCGAACUGGCUCAGUGCUGACUUGCCAAAGCUGUCGAGGUCGGGGUGUCAAGGUGACAUUCAAACACAUUGGCCCAAACAUGAUGCAACAAAUGCAGUCCACUUGCCCUGACUGCCGGGGUGAUGGGGAGGUGAUCAACGAGAAAGAUGCUUGCAAAAACUGCAAGGGUCGCAAGGUGUUGAAGGAGGUCAAGUACAUAGAAGUCAAUGUUGACAAGGGCAUGAGAGACAACGAGCGCAUAGUCUUCAGAGGUGAAGGUGACCAGCUGCCAGGGGUGGAGCCCGGAGACAUAGUUAUAGUGCUGCAGACCAAGCCACACGAAGUGUUUCAUCGAGACGGUUGCAACCUGUUCAUGACCCACACAGUGUCUCUGACAGAAGCCCUCUGUGGAUUUGAAAUGGUCCUGAAGCAUCUAGAUGGUAGAGACCUCAUUGUCCGGGAAGUACCAGGAUCAGUGAUCAAGCCUCGGUGUAUAAAAGGCAUUCGAGGAGAAGGCAUGCCUGUCUACCGGAAUCCCACUGAGAAAGGAAACCUCUACAUAAAGUUUGAUGUGGAGUUCCCUGAGAAUCACUUCGCUGGGGAAGCGGCACUUAAGGAGCUUGAGGCCUUGCUAGGUGACCGGCCAAGUACUGGGCUGGGUGGAGUGCCUGUUGGGGAUCAUGUGGAGGAAGUGGACCUUCAUGAUUACGAUCCCAGCUGCCAGAGCCAGCGCCAGGAGGCAUACCAUGAGGAUGAGCAGCAGCCACGAGGCAGUGUGGAGUGUGCACACCAGUAGUUGCAUACCAGAAAAAUUCAGCCCAGGAAGCAUGGACAGUGGAGCACAGAGUGCCGUUUGAGAACCUGGUGGAACGGGUGGGGUUAAAGCUUCCCACUGAUCGUGGACUCUACGCUAGGGUCAGGGAGCAAAAAUUCCCCGUCUCGAUUCGCUCCUGCUGUUCAUGUUAACAGAAAUGUCGUUCCACAUGGCUUUUUGUUCCUGGUUAGCAUUGAGCUUUUCUUUGUGUGCUCCUAUAGCCAACAUACGUGCAUUAAUUGAACAUGUGCUGCUGGUGCCUGCUUCCUUUCUUGUAGGCCAGCAGCUGUCCCAUGCUGACCUUGUAGCCUCUAAAUUUCUAGGUUUCACCUUCUGAUCCUUCCCAUGUAAUUUUCUUUAUGUGCAUUGAGGUUUUGACUAUAAAAUAAAGAUGACACAUAAAGUAUGUUUCAUAUGUACCUAGGACAUGAAAACUAAGUUUAAAUGCUGUCAGCCUAAUAAAGUGAACUCUCUGCACUUUGCAUUUCUUGUAAAAAAAAAAAAAAAGGCUUCUGCGACUUUAUGAAAGGUUUACAACGGAAUGACUAGAGAGUACAGUGUCAGGUAUAACUGUGUAUCUGUAGUUCUUGUUCAUAGUGCAGUUGAGCCUGUCACGAAAUUAACUUACUGUGCAGUAGGGAAGUUUCAGCAUGUGACACUUCACUACAGUCCUGUUUUGGGAGGUGCCGUUUUGUAAUGGUUUCUGGUGCAUUAAAUCGUUCGUCUUC